CAUGCUCAGAUGAAAUCGAAGUGGUGAACUCGCGUGUUUUGUGAGUGAAAUAUACGGUAUAAAAUGUACUUGGGAGAUUUUGUUAAUUUACCAUUUCCAAUGGUAGUUGACGUUGACGGUAUAUAUCAAAAUCAGAAUCGUUCAGUAAAGAUUUAUAAAACUCGGCGAGUGGGAGAUGAUGAUAACUUCGAGGAACUCUACCGGUUUACUCGAGAAAAUGUUGACUUUUUGGCGCAAACAUUUUUGGAAGAUAAUUCAGAAACCCGAGGUGGUGCAUUAUCAAACAGACAAAGGAUGAAGUGUUUUUUAAGAUACGUGGGUGAUCCCGGAUUCCAGGUAGGUGUGGGCGAAGAUUUAGGCGUCCAUCAAACUACAGUGUGCAAAACGAUAUGGUCCGUUUGUAAGGCGAUCGUCGAUAAAUCCGACGAAUGGAUACACUUUCCUAAUACAGCGGUGGAGAUGGAACAAGAAAAGAAGUCAUGGCAGAGAAAAUAUCGAUUCCCCAGCGCCAUAGGUGCCAUAGAUUGCACUCAUAUUUUGAUCAAACGCCCAGGUAACUACAAAGAUGAAUUUGUCAAUAGGAAAGGAUUAAACUCCUUCAAUGUACAAGCAACAUGCAAUGCUACUGAACAGUUUACAAGUGUUGAUUGCGAAUGGGCUGGUUCAGUACAUGAUGCUCGAAUAUGGAGAAAUUCUGAUAUCUUCGAUAUCAUACAGGACAAUGCAUCUGGCGCACUUCUUUUGGCUGAUGAAGCUUACCCACUCACCCCAUGGAUGAUGAAACCAUAUCGAGAUCCUGUAACAUCCUCACAAAAAAUGUUUAACGUGAUUCACACAAGGGAAAGAGUAAUUAUUGAACGUGUUUUUGGUCAAGUGAAACAAAGAUUUUCUAUCUUACAAUCAAAGGUACGCGUAAAAACUGAAAAAAAUCCUCGCAUGAUAGCUGCUUGUUUUAUUUUACACAAUGCAGCAAAGUAUCUAAAUGAUAGGGACUUUGAACUAGAUGAGACUACAACGUACGACAUAGCCGUUCCUGCAUCAACCGUUAUAGAAAAUACAGCGCUACAACGAGGACAAAAACGCCGUGAUGCUAUUGCAUCAUAUUUGCUAGGUGACCAUGUUUGUUAA